AUGGCAAAAGCACGUACGGUUGGUAUUGGCAUGGAUUACUCCUCGACAAGCAAAGCAGCCUUGCGUUGGGCAGCUGAGAAUUUGAUAGACGAAGGAGAUCGAAUUAUUCUUAUCCAAGUUCAGCCUCCCAAAGCUGACCAUACCAGGAAGCAGCUUUUUGAGGACACUGGAUCACCUUUAGUGCCACUGGAGGAAUUCAGGGAGAUAAAUUUUUCGAAGCAAUAUGGGCUGACUUAUGAUCCUGAAGUUCUUGAUAUUCUUGACACAGUUUCAAGAACCAGAGGGGCAAAAGUGGUGGCAAAGGUGUACUGGGGGGAUCCAAGGGAGAAGUUGAUCGAUGCUGUGGAUGAUCUGAAGUUGGAUUCUCUGGUUAUUGGAAGCAGGGGUUUAGGUGCUAUCAAAAGGGUGUUGCUUGGGAGUGUUAGCAACUAUGUGGUGACAAAUGCUUCAUGUCCAGUUACUGUGGUUAAGGGAUCCAAACCUUAA